AAUGAUGUAGGAGAAUUAAGAAGCAUCCUCUUAAAAUGGAUCACCUAAUAAAAUUUGUAUCCAAAAGAAGUAAAAAAAGAAAAACGAAUAUGAUUAUCAUAGAAAAAAAAGAAGAGGUUCAGAUGGUAUUAGUAGUAAGAAAUCUGGUCAAAAAUUUUCAUAAGAAGAAGAUAAACGUAUUUUAUAGUUAGUGUUUAACAAUGGACCUAAAUUUUAGAAGAUUCAUAGGCAUUUUCAUGGAAAAACAUUGGCUAUGGUGAAAAAUCGAUAUUAUAAAUAUUUACGCUUUAGAUGGGAAAUUUUAGGAUAGUACUAUAUUAUUAAUUUAGAAAUUACAAACAUUUAAGUGUUCCAUAGGAAUAAUUGGAAACUUUGUGUGAGCAACAGAAAAAUGUUAGUAAUAUGUUGAGUGCAGAAAAAGAUGAUCUCAUAUCUCAAAUAACUUCACGAACAACAUUACUUCAGAAUGCUCGAAUGUUUGUUGAGUAUUUAGUUGAAUAAUUAUUAUGA